AUGAAGAGCUGUCAUGGAUAUGUUUUGCUGCUGCUCAACGCAAUCUUGCUGUGGGCAUACUGGCCGGUUCAAGGUGCGCCUCUUCAGGAUCAGCACACUACAGCCAGAGGCGCAGGGGAUGCGUUUUACGUGUCCCUCUCCUUGUCCGUGACGGCGUUAGUGGCCCUGGUGGUGCUGCUGGUGAACUGCGUGACAUGCUGCAAGGAGAGAGAGAUCAACUUCAAGGAAUUCGAAGACCACUUUGACGAUGAGAUCGACUUCACGCCGCCAGCUGAGGACACGCCGUCUAUGCAGUCGCCGGCCGAGGUGUACACCCUCGCCGUUUCCCCCGUUGCCUUGCCGGGACCUGUGCACCUUCAACCUCCGGCUUAUAUCACAGAAGGAUCGACAGGCUUCCAGGUAGCCCGUCAUAGUCUGAGUUACAUCCAGGAAAUUGGUAAUGGAUGGUUCGGCCAGGUAAUCCUGAGUGAAAUCUACACAGAUCCAGGUGGCACCAGAGUGAUCGUGAAGGAGUUAAAAGCCAAUGCAAACGCUAAGGAGCAGAAUGAUUUCUUGCAGCAGGGGGAUCCUUACAGAGUAUUGCAGCACCCCAACAUCCUCCAGUGCCUUGGCCAGUGUGUGGAAGCCAUUCCCUUUCUGCUUGUUUUUGAGUACUGCGAAAUGGGGGAUUUGCGCGGCUAUCUGUCUCAGCAGGACCGAACGUUUCGAAGUGCUGAGACACUGCAGCUGCAAAGGAUGGCCUGCGAAAUUGCUGCCGGUCUCACUCACCUCCACAAAUACAACUUCCUGCACAGUGAUUUAGCUCUGAGGAAUUGCUACCUGACGACGGAUCUUACAGUCAAAGUCGGAGACUAUGGAAUCGGACCCUAUGCAUAUAAAAAGGAUUAUAUCAUCACAGAGGACGAUGUAUUCGCGCCUCUUCGUUGGUUGGCCCCGGAGCUGGUGGGGGAGCGCCACGGGGGUGUGAUCGCCUUGGAGCCUACCAAGCCUGGCAAUGUUUGGUCAUUGGGGGUUACUUUGUGGGAGCUUCUGGAGAAUGCCAGUCAACCGUAUCCACAUCUGUCAGACCGGGAGGUUCUCAAUCAUGUGAUCAAGGAGCAGCAAGUCAAACUCUUUAAGCCACAACUCGAUCUCCCUUAUUCUGACAGAUGGUACGAGGUCCUGCAGUUCUGCUGGCUCUCUCCUGAAAAGCGCGCCACAGCCGAGGAAGUCCACCGUUUACUCAUCUAUCUGCGCAUGCAAGGCCAAAGGGACAUGGAAGAAGACUUUGAGCAACGCUGGGACGCUCUCAAGCCGUGCGUUUCCACACGCCAGACCACCGUUAGCCACUCCUCCUUUCCUAUCCUGGAGCAGUUCGGGGAUGACGCGCUGCAGCAAGACAUCGACGAGGUGCUGACAGUCACCGAAACGAGCAAAGGACUCAGUUUCGAAUACGUUUGGGAGGCAGCCAAGCAAGACCACUACGACGGCAGCCAUUCUCACCCGGGCGCCGACACAACGGUGAACUACCACAGCAUGUUCUUUCCGGUUUCCACCGAAGACAUCCGGGCCCAUUUCCCGGAUCCUGACGCGAGAUCGCCUGCUGCUGACCGUGGGAACACUCCUUCCGGGAAACCUGGGAUCGUGCCAGUGUUCGAUGCCCAGAAGCUGGCUAACACCAAUGGCUAUUACGUACAGCUUGAGGAUCAAGCAGAAGAGAGCAUUGUUGGACAAGAUGGGGCUCAAAAGACAGGCUUCAAUUCAAGCCAACAAGACUUUGUUGUUCUCCAAGACGUUCGUUUAGAUGAAUCCAGCACGGAUGCUGACUUUUUUCACCACAGCAUUGACUCUAAGGACUCCUAUUUACCAGACAGUCAUAUCUGGUCAUCUCUUGAAAACGACAGUCCAUAUCACACAAAUAUUUUUACCGAGGGAGAGUCCAAACAGGAGGACUCUGUGUCUUGGAGACACGAUUUUGUGGAGUUUCCGCAGCGCAAUGGGAACCCUUUUUGUGUAAAUAACGCUUCAGAUGAACAAGACGUAAAUGCGCGGGAUUCUUUUUUAGGGAGUUGUUCAGAAGCCGCUCACCGGACUUUGGAGGAGGACAGAGCUGAUGCUGAGAGGCUUCUGAACACUGAAAGACUGGUAGAAAAUUUUAUCUUUCUUAAGGAACAGGAGCUGAUGAAAGACGGCCCACGCUUUCGAAAUUCACAGCAGAAUUUUCUAUCACCCGGCGUCGUCCACGAACCGGAGGAAACCUUCAAAAUGGCUUCAUGGGACAACUUGGACCCUUACGGCAGCUUAAACACAACAGAGAACUACUUGACACCUGCUUGGAGUAGCACAUCCCCAAGACGGGGACUUUUGGACCCGUCGAGCAGCAACUUCGGGGAGCAUAAUCCGUUUCGUGUACAAAAUCAAACUCCGGUGCCUUCCAUUACUGUUGUUUCAGAAGAUGACAUAAACGACCACCUGCCAGUUAGCAAAAGUUCUUCCGCUGAGGACCUCACCCUGCUCCAACCCUCGGACGGAGGCGUAGACUCUGAUCUUAAUUCUACCUCGCAGAGAUUGGACAUUAUCGUUAGUCAGACAUACAAUCAGAUUCCUGUCUUCUCGGAAAGUGCCACUACAGAAGUGUCUUGCACCACUGCCAAUCUGUCCAACCUUGAUGUUGAGACCUCAAACGGUAGCGAUAUACAACUCUCACCUGAGAAAUCACAUAUUCAAGCGUCCGUUUCGGACAGCGGACACGUCGACGAUCUGACGAAUGCUGAUCUAUUGAGCGAACUCAUCGCGGAUGUGGAAAUGGAAUCAACUCUGUCCGACCACGAAGAACUAUUUACAGAUACCGACGGACGACCUCUCGGCAGAUCUUCUCUGCUGGUUUCUGGGCCUUCUUUGGACCAGAUUAGUCAGGACAGCUUGCUAGAGGACAGCGUGUCCACCACAUUACAGACUGUAGACCACUCCGCGGAGACGCCGGACUCUUUAGACUCUCUGGAUAUUCACCGGUUCGGAGAUCACCACAAGCUCCAGCCUCCGUAUAAAAUCGCCGACAGCGGUUACGAGACGGAGAACCUAGAGUCUCCUGAAUGGAACUCUCAGCCUAACGAUAAAGACCUCUCCCCUACCGAAAAUGGCGAGAGGGUAGCUCAAAAGAUAAACAAAACCGAAGAGACCGCCGUUGCAGUGAACCAUCUGGUUCCUCCGGAAAUUAUCAUCUCCGAAGCAGACGGAACGCCAGAUGCUCCUGGCGAGGACUGCGAUGAUGUCGUUCCUGUCGAAGAGCCUCUCGUAAAUAGUAAUUACAGAGACUCCGCCUACUUUUCUGACAAUGAAUCGGAGCCGGAGAAGAAAGCCGAAGAAACAAACGCAGAUGGUUCCGUUGAGGCCACAACACUGCGGAACUCUACCGAAGUGUCGGUCCCUGUGACGGAAAGUCUGACGGAGAAUCUUGAGGAGUCUUUAAGACCGCAACGAGAAAGUUCUGCUGCCCCUGAAAUACACGGUGACAUCAGAGAAGAAGCAAACACUUCUCUAGAGACUCCUACGGAUGUCAAGGAGGUCAAAGAACCUUCGAGCUGGCCCCAUCACGACGGAGACGUAUCAGACUUUUUCUUCGACGUACCAGAGUUUUCCGAGCCAAAUCAGCUUUCGCCCUCUGAGGACACCGUUCACGCUAAGUUAACCCGGGCCCACACCGGGGAGGCACAUAAGAUUAAAGAGCCCGACAUUGAGGGCCGCUACUUAGCCCGGCGGGACGGCCCUGAGGACGGAGCGGAUGCUGACGAAGAGAACGAAAACAGCGACGACUCUGACGAUGACGUUCACGCCUACCAGCUGCGCAGCUCCAGCUCUGAGAGCGAGGACGAAUGCGCGUACGCCGUGCCACUCGUCAUCUCGGACGAAAGUCACGGCAAGAACCUAAAGAGCCUGUUGAAACCCGCCACCCUGAGUGUCCGAGCUCCGUCCCCCUCGGGCACCGCCACCCAAAGAGCCGUGUCCUUCUUUGAUGAUGUCACAGUCUACCUCUUUGACCAGGACACCCCCACCAAGGAGCUAGGUGACCACGCGUCAGGCUCCAACACACAUACACCUCAGUUCAGCAGCCCGGUGCCGAGUUCUAGCUACCGCUUCACCAACUCUGAGAGCUCAACAGACGAAGAAGGCGGAGGUUUCGAGUGGGACGAUGACUUCCCCUCAACGCCUGCCUUCCCCUCCAAGACGCACAAAGACCCGUCGGCAUCAGAGAGUUUGGCGGUGGCAGCCAGCGUACCAACCCUGGCUGUGUCGACGUCCAGCUGGGGAAGCUCGUCCAACUACUCGCGCUUCUCCAUCUCGCCGGCGAGCAUCGCUAGCUUCUCCCUGACACACCUCACUGACUCGGACAUCGAACAAGGAGGAAGCAGCGAGGAUGGCGAAAAAGACUAA